AUGGCUCACUCCAAGGUCGUCAUCAUCGGCUCCGGCCCUGCCGCCCACACCGCCGCCAUCUACCUCUCCAGAGCUGAGUUGAAGCCGGUUAUGUACGAGGGUAUGCUUGCUGGUGGCACCGCUGCCGGCGGUCAGCUCACCACCACCACCGAGGUCGAGAACUUCCCGGGUUUCCCCGAGGGCAUCACCGGCCCAGAGCUCAUGGACAACAUGCGCAAGCAGUCUGCCCGAUUCGGCACUGAGAUUAUCACCGAGACCAUCUCCAGAGUUGACCUCUCGUCUCGCCCAUUCAAGAUCUGGAAGGAGUACGCUGACGGCCCUGAUGCCCCUCCUACCCGCACUGCCGAUGCCAUCAUCAUGGCUACCGGUGCCAACGCUAAGCGUCUGAACCUGGCCGGUGAGGAGAAGUACUGGCAAAACGGUGUCAGUGCCUGUGCUGUCUGCGAUGGUGCCGUCCCAAUCUUCCGUAACAAGCCACUCUUCGUCAUUGGUGGUGGUGACUCUGCCGCCGAGGAGGCCAUGUUCUUGACCAAGUACGGCAGCAGCGUCACCGUCCUCGUCCGCAAGGAUCAUCUCAGAGCCUCCAAGACCAUGGCUACUCGUCUCCUCAACCACGCUAAGGUCGAGGUCAAGUUUAACACUGUUGCCACCGAGAUUACCGGUGAAGCCGCUGAUGGCGGUCUGAUGACCCACUUGAAGAUCAAGAACGUCGUUACUGGCGCCGAGGAGGUUGUUCCUGCUAACGGCCUCUUCUACGCUGUCGGCCACGAGCCCGCCACCAAGAUCGUCAAGGACCAGGUUGAGUGUGAUUCUGAGGGAUACAUUGCUACCAAGCCCGGAACCAGCUUCACCAGCGUACCCGGUGUCUUUGCUGCCGGUGACGUCCAGGACAAGCGAUACCGACAGGCCAUUACCAGUGCAGGUUCUGGUUGUAUUGCCGCUCUUGAGGCUGAGAAGUACAUCUCCGAACUCGAGAGUGAAGCAGAGCCUGCUGCUGCCCAUGAAGCUGCUAUCAAAGAAGAUACCAACCCCCAGCUUUAA